AUGACUGAAGAGCCUAUCCCAGAAUGGCGCAAACAAUUGAACACACCACUCGUUGUCGAAACAGAUAUGGGUGAUGACCUUCAAACAGAAACUCUCGAUUUAGUUUCCUCAGCUAUCGAACGUUCACAAAAUAACUUAGAACUUUGCUGCAAAGCCUUAAAAGAAGAUAUGGACAAGAAAACAGGUCCAGGCUGGAAUGUCGUAGUAGGUGAAGAUUUCUCACAUUAUAUAACAUAUACAAAGAAUAUGAUCUUCCUUUACUUUGGUGGUAAUUUAGGCGUUCUUAUGUGGAAGUAA